AUGAGUAGUAAUAAUCAAGAACAGGUACAGGAAUUCCCAUCCGACGAACAAAUUGGAAAUAAGUUAUACGGUAUGGACCAACUAUCUCAGAGUUAUAGUAGAUCACAUUAUGAAUCUGGUGAUGAGGAAGCUCAAAUUGGUAUUAAUGAAGAAAGUGAUACUGAUAACUUGGAAAAAUCUAGUGAAGUAGCUUCAGGACAACAACAUAAAUCAGCUGGUAUACAGAAUGGUUCAACAAACUCUUCAAAUCAAAAUCAAGGCGGUACUCCAGGAGCUGGUGCAGGAGGUCCACCUGGUCCUAAACAAAAAGUUCAUCUUUUCCAUCCAUCAAUAAGUCAUUUGAGAAAAAGAAUUGGUAUGGAUUUUUUGAAAACAUGGUUUGUCUUGGGUUGUUUAAUUAUUUCAAUGUUCUCAAUGUAUUGGGGUGCUUUGUAUAAUCGUCAAGCUCAUUUGAAAAAUUUAACAUCAUUGGUCAUUAUUGAAGAUACAGAAGUUGAUGGUAUACCCGCUUAUAUUGGUGAAACAAUAACUGAAUUGAUACAAAACAAACCUUUCAAUCAACAAGCAACUUUCCAUAUUUAUCAAGGUGAUGAUAUUUAUCAAAAAUUUGAAAGAGGUUCAAAUAUUACUCAAGAAGUUAUAACUCAAGUUCAUCAUAGAAAAUAUUGGAGCGCUAUUCAUAUUUAUCCAAAUGCAACUUAUAAUCAAUAUCAAUCAUAUGCUAAUGCUGAAGAAGUUCAACAAGAACAUCCAGUAGUACAAGUUGUUUAUGAAUCUGGUCGUGAUAUCACAAAUAUGAAACCAUUUGUUGUAACUCCAUUAGAAAAUUUAGAACUUGCAUUCCAAGAAAAAUUUGCUGAAGUAUCAUCACAAUUAAUUAGUAGAUUAUCAUCAAAUGAAAAGACAAAUUUAAUUUCCAAACCUGAACUAAUUUCCACAUUACCAAAAUUUCAACAAUUAGAUUAUCGUCCAUAUACUGAUAAUACUUUAUUAGCACCAAUGCAAGUUGGUCUGAUUUAUUUAAUCAUUGUUUCAUUCUUUUUAUUCAGUUUCUUUGCAGAAACACAUAAAAUAUUAUUACCACAUGUUAAAUUACCACAAUAUUUACUUUAUAGAUUUUUUGGUAAUCAAAUUAGUUAUUUUGUUUUAGCUUUAUUUAUUUCCACAGUUAGUGCAAUUUUCCAAAUUGAUUUUACAAAAGCAUUUGGUAAAGCUGGGUUUGUUAUUUAUUGGUUUACAAAUUAUUUAACUUUAUCAGCUGUUGGUGGUGCAAAUGAAAAUAUGGCCAUGUUAAUUUUCACAUAUAAUCCACCAUUUGUAUCAUUUUGGUUAGUUUCAUGGGUUAUUAUGAAUGUUUCACCAAGUUUUAGUCCAAUGGCUUUAACUAAUCAUUUUUAUAGAUUUGGUUAUAUGAUGCCAGUUCAUGCUUCAAAUGAAAUUUUUAAAGUUUUAUUUUUAGAUAUUUGGAAAGGUCAAUUAGGUCUUUAUUAUGGUAUUUUAGUUAUUUGGAUUGUUUUGAAUUCCAUCUUAUCACCUUUGAUUUUAAAACAUGUUGGUGGUGUCAUGGCUAAAAGAGCUCAAGCUGCCGCUGCAGCUCAACAACAAAAAUAG